AUGAGCUCCAGGGAUUUCGAGGUUCUCUACAAGGAAGCGCGGCUCAAUCUGGAGCCGGUGCAGUCGUCGAUUGCCCAGAUCCGCGUCGCGCCCCAGACCCAAAGCGCCUCCUUUGCCUACUCCGCCUUGACACGAGCUCCUACUGCCGCUGCCGCUACCGACGACGACGAGAGGCUCUAUCGCGCCAGAAAUCUCGCCACCGCCUCCUCCAUCUACUACCGCAAGCACCGCAGCUCCCCGCGGGCGUUCCUCUGGCGCGUCUUGGAGCAUGGCACGGUCCUGAGCAUUCGCGCCGCCGAUGUGUGCAAGCAGGAGAAAGACGCAGAUGCGCCCUUAAUCCUCAACCUAGCCUUUCCGUCCCCGAUACGCCCUUCCUGCGUCGGGUUCGCCGAUAGCCCCGACCACGAUGCGCUCUACGUGUUUGUCGUCGACCAGUCGAGCCAGUUCUACUCCAUCACCCUCCGGCCAGAGCACUUCAGAAAGCGGUCGAUCUCGGAGGGCGGCCUGGGCGAGGCCUGUAAGGCUUUCUCGCCGCCUGGCUUCGGGUUCAAGCACCCGCACCAGCUAGUCGUUGUCAAUCCCAACCAGCUGAUCAUCACUAUGCAUGAUGGUGGCAUCCUGAAGUUUGACAGGAAUCGGUCCCACGACGCUACCAAUGCGACGUCCUGGAAGGAAACCAUUUACAAUGUUGCGGGAUGGGGCCAGAGCCUGCGCGGGCUGGUCCCCUUCCAGCGGAACCCGACUGUUCGCUACGACAAGAUCAACAUGGAGCUGACGGCGGCUGCGUCGACGGCGAUAACGAGCAUAGGCGGCGACGACACGUCCUUUCUAUUCACAAUCUGUCUGGACCAUCGCAUGCGGGUUUGGGACGUACAGUCAGGUCAGAUUCUCUACACGGGCGACAUACUCAAUGCCAAGCGCGAUCCCCAGGAGGUUGGCAAAUGGACAAUCGACCCUUCUCAGGGCAACCUGAUCCAGAUUCUAGACACUUCGCCCGGCCAGUGCCUCGUUGUGACGUACUCGCCGAUCGGAGCCGGCGAGUUCAAGUUUUGGAAAGUGAAGGCCAACGACCAGGGAUCCAUCCAUGUCGCAGACUGUUUCCCAGAAGCGCAAUUGACACCUCCAAGCCCGUCCUCGCUCGACGUGUGGACAUUGGCCGACUUCUCAGUGGCGCAGCAGGCCGAGGGCCCUGAGCUAUGGACUCUGUGGAAAAACAACACCACUUACCGAGUGCAAAAGUUGCAGCUGCAGCCGAGAAACACCAAGGCGCCGUUUGGCGCUGGAUGGAAGGGCGUUUUCGUCGAGAACGCCUUACCUGCCGCGCAGACAUCGGGGCCUUGCGAUCCGGUAGAUUCUACCGAGAAAUGGCUCGAUCUUAUCUUCUUCCCGGGACGGUUUUCAAAGACCACCAUCGAGACGGCGCUCGGCAUGUAUGAGAAAGGCCUAGGCACGUACAAAGAGACCUCGCCAAGGGCUGGCAAGAGCAUCGCGGAAUCCAUAUGCUCGGUCCUCGGCUCAUCCACAACACUGGACCGCACCUCGAACGGGGGCGUAGACUACGAGCAAUUUAGGGGCACGAGCGAGACUCAAUGGAUGCGGUUUUGGCGUCUUUUGCUCGAGCUUGACAAGCAGAGAGGCGAGGCCCUGUCGUUGGUAUACGAUCCCGAAGAGGGAAUGAUCUGGGUGGCAUGUGCCGACUGCAUCUCUGCCGUCAGGCAAUGCAGCGAGCUUGACCGUAUCUACUACAACCUCCAUUCUCCCGACAAGCAAAACGAGGAUGUAGCGGCGCUCAUUUUUGCUGGGCUGAACUUCCUGGACACCUUCUCGGACAGCAUGGUCCAGCAGAGCAGGGCCGCGCUGAGGGCGGAAUUAUUCGAAGACAUGACCGAGCCCGACGAGGAUCGAAUCCAGAGCCUCUUCGACAAGGCUGGGUUUUGGUCACAGCUUUCAGAAGAGGAUUGCGCCCCCGUCGUCGAAGCUCUUGGCCAGAAUUUCCGAAUCGUGACACCGAGGCUCUACGACGACUUGUUCGGCAUGAUUCGCGCGUCCAGCGACGCCAACUCCCAGGAGCUUAGAGAGCCCUUUACGCGAUUUGGGAGGAAGGUAGUCGUUCGCGCUGUUCAGGAGACGAUCGAGCUCCACUGGCGCAUUCUCUUCAGCCAGCUUAUCCUCCUCCUCCACAUGGAAUUUGAUCCCGAGAGCGAAGAGGACGCCCUCCACUGCCGGUUUGAUAUCGGCUCCGAGUAUCGGCGACUUAUCGAUGCUCUUCGGAGACUGGAGCAUCUGAGGUGGAUGGCAAAGACGGAACUGAGCGUACCUAUACCAAAGGCGGACCGGGCGAGCUCUGGCUCUGGCACCGCCUCUCCGUUAAGAAAACGUGGCGGCGAGGACACGUAUGCCAUCACGGCCCUCGAAGGCCUCACUGGACAUCUUUUUGGAUUGCCAGAGAGCAAUAAUUUGCCGUUGCUCACUAGCAUCACGGAGGUGGUGCUUGACCUAUGCUCCCCCAGCAGCUCUAUCGUGCUGUGUACAUGGCUCCUCCAGUGCCGACUCCUGAAGCAGGACCGGCCUGACCUCGCCUUGGAGCUUACCUCGUUCGCCGAACGCGGCCCCUUUUCUACCUAUGUCCAAGGCCGUGUCUUCCUCGCGCUCAAAGACUACGAUACCGCAUCGCUCUACUUCAAAAAGGCGUCGAUCGGCCUGAGCAUAUCAAAGAAUGGUGUCGAGCGACACAGUUCGGGGCUUCUCGACGACACGGAAUGGAAUCUCCUUAGCAGUGGGCUUCCCAACUAUUACGCCCACGUCGUCAAUCUGUACGACAAACAAAAGGCGUAUUCGUAUGUCAUCGAGUUUUCACGUCUAGCGCUCCAGUUUGCCCACGGCCACAAACAGGAUGCGGCAGGAACCAAGAUGGAAAUGCUGAGUCGCCUUUUCUCGGCCGCAACUACGAUAUCCCACUUUGACGUGGCCCAUUCGGCGCUACUCUCGAUGAAAGACGAGGCGAUGCAGAGGGCAUAUCUACGGAAGCUAGUGGAGAAGAUGUGCGAAACGGGCCAGAACACGGAACUCAUCAGCCUGCCCUUCUCCGGGCUGCAGAAUAAGGUCGACGACAUACUGCUCGAGAAGUGCAGGGCAACCAAGGACAUGUUCAACAACGUGCCGUAUCAUCAAGUCCUCUACGCCUGGAGGAUCAGCCACAACGACUACCGCGGCGGAGCGGCCAUCCUGCUCGACCGACUGCAGAAACUACGGCAGAUGGGAGAGGGCGAUAGGGUCGGGGCCGACGACCCGCUCGACACGCAGGUCACGCGCCAGUACCUGCUGCUCAUCAACGCGCUGAGCUGCGUUGCUCCGAAGGAGGCCUACAUCUUGGAGGACGUGCCUACCGAGGACGACGCAACGAGGCCCGCAAAGGGGGCAGGCGACGACCUGGAGAGCCAGUUGGGAGACCUCGCACUGAGGCUCGAGGCAGAGGCAGCUGCGUCCCAGCCGCUGGCUAAGAGGCAGCAGGAAGAGGGCGAUGACCAUGCGCUGCAGUGCAAGAUCGACCGGCUCUCUGCACGCAUUAAUAGCCAGGACCCGCAGAGGCGGAGGUUCCUGACGCUCAGCGAUAUCCGGAAGCAAUAUCAGCAGGAACUGGAUAGGAUCGUGGCGAUCCAGAAUAACCAGUUUGGAUUUUCGGCCGAGGAUGAUUUGAUGGGUGAUGCUUGA